CGUGGCACGUGCGUUUCCGAACGGCACAAACACAUUCACAGAGCGAUUAGCUGACCUAUUGAUCUUCCCUAAUUUAACUGCAACGAUUUUGAUUCGAAAUCAUCAUCAGGGAGGUUUCAUGGUGUAGUGGUUAACACUCUGAACUUUGAAUCCGAAUUCGAUUCUCGUUGGAGCCCACUUUCCCGCCCCCGCAUUAUUUCUUUCGUGCUUUUUGUUCUGUUAAUCUAUCCCCGGGGCAAAGACAAAAAAUUCAAUUACAUUAAUGCCAGAUUAUAAAUCUGUAAAGGAACGGUUUAAGGCAAAAUCCCAAGGCACAAAUAAAUUUUUUAAUUGUAGACUGCGAAUUGUGUAACUGCGUAACCUACAUGGCACACAGACCAACAAUUAGGUCUGGUUGACGGAGAAUGAAAAAGUUCUGGGUAAAAGAGGCAUUUCCGAGAAAUAUGGAGCACAUGUUGCAUUAUUGUUGGGCCGCCAAUAUUCCUCUGUUUACAAUGUGCAGACGAAAAUCAGUUGUGCUGAGUGAUACGAGUUGGAAACAUGUAUAUACCCGAUCAUAUUUUACACUGCAUGUCCCAAAAUAAAAUCAACGAGUCAAGGAAUCAUGAGGGACCAUCUUUGGGGGAUCUCCUGACGGCACGUCCUUCGGGUCUUCUAGAACCCGAAACAUGGGCAAUCCUCUGUCAAGCUGUACAGGCCCUUCAAGAUUUAUUUUUAUCCGAUGGUGCUUCCGGCACGUCGUGCGUGCCACUGAUAUCCCCCUCGAGCUUGGUGAUAUCGCCGAGAGGUCGAGUGAAACUAUGCAACACCACGACGUUGACGAGUGGCCCGCCCCCGCAUUUGGCAGGAUACUUGGCGCCCGAAUACCGCCCCAACAGACAAUGCACGGACACGGAAGUUGAAAAGAUGUGGAUCUACUCACUAGGCGAGACGUUGAAAAGAGCAACCCUGACAAACCACGUAGCCACUUCUCGCCUGAGUAGUGAAUUGUGUCAAGUCCUUACGGAUAUGACGAAACUCCAUACGACGUCCAGGGCUUCCUUGAUGCAUCUCCUAGACAUUAUUUCGGAAUACUGCAGGAAGAAGCAGCAGAAUAGACCGUUCUCGCACAUCGUGAUGGAUCUACAUCAGGAAGCGAUGGCAGCUUUGGAAGUCGCAUUGGACACUCCGUGGGGACCUCCUGCCAUGCCAGAGCUAAGACCUAGGACAAGAAAUAGAUCUGAAUCGAACACAGACGCUUUCGGGACAAUUCCCAGGAGGUGGAUGGGCCUGACCAGGAGCACGGAAAACAACGCGCGUUCAACGAAAGAGGCGAGCACCAGCAUGGAAGAUCUGAGUCUGGUGCCCAUCAACAACGAGCCAGGAAACGUAGUUCGACCGAAAUCUAUGUGUGUGUCAGACGCGCGAUAUUUCACCGAGGAAAAUAAUCGUUUCCCCGUGCCGACCGCAAAUAUAUUUAGUGAGCUCGACGCCAACAGGGAAGUGAACGCGAACGUUAAUUACGUCGGCAGGGCGAACGGGGGUGGUACCGGUGGAGCGAAGUUGUCGCGACCAAUAAACGUGGGGCAGGGUGGCCAGGCACCUCGACUCCGGCCAAGAAGGAACCCAGUCCAGCGGGCGGCUUCGAGACUGUACAGGGCCGGUAUGGAAGUUCCAGCUAAAGUCACUGGUACGUCGGCGAGGGAAUGCGUCGGGCCCGAGUUCGUGGUACGUGCGGGUCUUGCGAACAAGCAGCUGACGAUGCCCGACUCCAAGGGCCAAAGGAAAACUGUUACUGUUAUCAUGUUGAAUGGUCAAAAAUUAAAUGUCUUGUGCAACCCCAGUUCGACGACAGCUGGUCAAUUGUUUGAGAUGAUAAUACAGAAAGAACACAUUGAAGAAAACUUCAUGCUUGGAUUGUCCGCUCUAAUUGCUGGGGACUUCGUAUUUUUACCAUCUGACACCAGAAUAUGUAAAGCCUCUCAGCCCGGAACCAGCCAGAACGUCACCCUUACACUCUUCAUGAGAGUCAGGUUCUUCCUUCCCAGUUUACGAGGAAUCCGUGGAAGCCAAGCCAGACAUUUACUGUAUCUUCAGUUGCGAAGAUCCAUUUUGGAGCAUCAGCUUCCUUGUUCCUUCACACAAUUAAUCGAACUAAACGGACUGGCCUUGCAAGCUGAAUUCGGGGAUUACAGUGAAAGAGAACAUGGAACCAGGGACUACUUUUUACUCGAGCAUUACGUUCCGGAAACUAUGUCGUGUGCAAUUGAUGACUCCAAACGGCUGCAAAAGGAAUUAAUAAAGGCACAUAUUAGUAAAAAAGGAUUGGACUGUGAAAAAGCUGAACAAGAUUUUAUUAUUGUUGCUCAGUCUUUACCCCAUUAUGGUGGACAUUUUUACACGGCAACUUGGAUGCUAAAGGACAAUAACCACAAGGAUAUUUGGCUUUAUAUUAGUUCACAAGGUAUUAAUUUGUACGAACGUGGCCCAUCCACAAGUAACUGCGGUCCUCAACUCUACGAAAAGUUUGAAUGGAGAAGCAUUCAAACUCUAUGUUAUAGCAAACACUAUUUAUGUAUUUUACCCCAUGCUUCAACAAUACAUGGUUCGAAGCUAAAGAAAUACAAAUUAAGAAUGGAUCACAAAAAGAGCUAUUUCACUUUCCGUCUUGCAUCUCUUCACCAUCAAUUCUUUCUUCGAUUAAGAACUGAGUAUACCUCACUUCAAAGUUUGUCACAGCAAUUUGGAAUUCCUCUCAAAGAUAUGAAGAAUGAAACAAAUUCCUUGUACAAAUUGGAAGCUCUUACAAAUCAUCACUACUGUACCAUUGACAACGUACGUGAUUACCCCGAGACGGAAUUUCAAAUAGAUUUAAGAAAAUCCACAAAGCUAAAUCCGUUGCAUAAAAGAUUACAGUAUAGAAGAAGAUCUAAGAGCGUCAAUGACUUUUCAAAACUUACAGAAAGAGACAAUAUAGACGAAGAGUAUCAGAAUGAAGAGAACGAGAAUCCGUUUCAGAAAUCACGUGCGGGUCUUGUUUUGGAUAGCAGUUACUUGUCAGGAAUGCCGGAGGACAAAAGGAAAUGCAAUAAAUUUAAUACAAAGGAUUUUGGUAAUAUGGGACCAAGAAUUUCAAGAUCCAUGGAAGCUGUCAAUAUGCCAGAUGAUAAUUACGAUUAUCUAGAGGAAAUGUCUCUACAAUCCGUUUCCCUUCAUUGCAGCUCGACAUCUAUAUCAAGAUCUCCAACAACCGAAUGCUUACCAACAAAUGAAGCGUACAUUCUAGAUUCGUCAAUAAAAUCAUCAUCACAACAGUACCUUCCAGAUUUCCAAGAAUCAUUAAGUGAAUCUCUUUUGUACAAAUUAAGCAACAUGUCGUUUGCAGAAGAAAGAAUGAUGUCCACUGUAGUCGUAGAGAGAGAUCCCAAAGGCAGUCUAGGAAUACAAAUCACUGAAGGCUCUGAUGGAAACGUAUACAUACAAUCCGUGAUUUUAGGUGGACCGGCACACUUAACUGGCAAUAUUUUGACUGGAGAUCAGGUUAUUGCUGUUGAUGGUCAGACUCUAAUAGGCAUUAAAUACGACGAUGCAUUAAACAUGUUAAAAAAUACUGGUCACCGAGUUGAAUUUAUUGUUUCUAGAAUUAUCCCUUCUAAAGGUGUCAAUACUCAUAACACUUUAAAUUUACGUGCUAGAAUGAAUCUAUCUAACAUAAACGAGUCUCACAUACAAAAUAUUAACAUGUCUAAAUUAAAUGAACUGCAGUUUUCUAAAGAAGGAAGUCCAGUUGAAAAACAUCUAACAGAGAGUUGUCAUGAUGUAUCUAACAUACAAAAACAUCCUCCAGUGAAAUGUGCCCAAGACGUAUCAUAUCAAAAACAUAUACGAUAUAGGUCUGAAAUAACAAAAAAACUGUCGCCAAAAUCCAUUAGGGAAAAUUUUAUUGUUAAUAAAAAUUUUUCUAAGUCAUGUACGCAUUUAUACUCCAAGGAAUCGGAUAGGGCAGUUGUAGUUGAAAUGAUUCCUAAGGAAAACGUAGAUUUAUCCAAUUUUCGAUCACUAGAUAGAAAAUUACUUAAACGAGAACAACCGAAUAGAAAUGACGAAAAUGGUAAUAACAAACCUAGUGUGCCGGCAAUUGCUCUACCUAGAUCUCUAGGUUUAAGUAGAAAAUGGAGAGGCCCCGUUCGAUAUCCCGUAACACCAAUUAAAAAGAGCAUCGAAGCUGCAGAUUCCGAUAGUAUUAUUACGUCCGAUGACGAGCAAGUUUUUAUUUAAAUUAUUUGAUAUAUAUUAUAUUCAUAAUUUAGAACUCAAAAAAGGGACUGUACAUUUUAUUUUUAAUUCAAACGUCAACUAAUUUAUUUUACUAUGUAUAUUUCGUAAUUUUCUGACGUUACAUUUUUAUUGCUGUUCGAAUAUGAUACAAAUCAUGUAUACUUUUUAAAUGCCUAAUUAAAAUAGAGCGUUUAGAAUAAUAUUAUCAUUGUGACUGCUAUAUUACUAAUGACAAUUAUGUUUGUAUAAAAAUGUAAAUAGUUUUUAAAGUUUAUAGUUUGGGAUUGAUUUAUGCUUUGAUAUAAAAUAGUCAAUAAAAUGUAACUGUUACUUCUUAAGGUGCACUUAAGAUUAUGUCAUAAACUCGUAUUAUGGUAUGUAAUAUGUAAAUGUGCAAUGUUUAAAAGGUAGAUUAUAUAUUUUGUUGAAAAUUAAGAUAUACUUUUUCAAUGUUUAUUGAUUAAUGACAAAAUAAACAUUUGUUAUUUAAAAUAUAAAGGCAUUUAAUCUAAAAGAAACGUUAGAAGUUUUUUUGAAAAAGUAUGUGAAACAUAUUUAAUUAUAUGUUUGUAAUGCAUAUGUAUAUUAAAAUUAUAUAAAUCCGAUAAUUUAUUAAAUAUCCGAUUUCUUUCUUAUGUUUGUUUUAGUUUCAAAAAACUGAUUAAUCAGAAGAACGUUUAUAGAAAUAAUGUUCUAGAUAUUAUUUAAAAAAGAUAACACGUAGACUUUUUAACUUGUGCCAAAGUAUCACACAAGUAUUAUUUAAAAAUAUUAACAAUUACAUAUUUAUAUAAAUACUGUGGUAUGUGUAGACAAAUAUUAAUUAUUGACAGUUUUUCAUUUUAUAUUUUUGGGCAUUUACUGAAAAGGUAUAUACAUAUAUCAUUAAUUAUUGUGAUUUAAGCAUUACUUAAUGUGAUACUAGAGAUAAUAUUAAAUUGGAAAUGAUUCUGAUGAUUUCAUACUAAUAUUUACAGACCAAUUACGAAAUAUUUCUGAAUAUUUCGUCAGUAUUGGAGCUUCCGUAGUUUUAUGUCAAGUGCCAAUUUGUUGUAAUUAUAUAUAAAGAAAUUACAAUUAUUGAUUUAUACUGUAUAUAUGAUUGAAAAUACUCAAGGUUUUCAGAGUUUUACCCACUUAAAUUAAAUUAUUAAUUAUAUAAAUAAUAUGUUUUAAUACAUUUUUGUUUAACUAUAAUUUGAAUACACAUAAUAUCUAUAAAUGUAUUAAUACAAUUAUUAUUAUUAUUAUUGAAAACCUUGUUUUAAAAGAAAAAGCUAAAUUAAGAUGUAAAUAGUAAAUAAAUCAAACUUUGUGUAAUACAUUAUACUAAAUGAAUAUCAAAGUGACAAGAUAAUAAACAGUGUCGAUAUUCACGAACAUGUGUGUAAUUAAUUCACUUGCAAUUUUAGGACGUGUUAGAAUGCUAUUAGUAGGGCCAAUGUAAAACUGUGCCUAAAGGUAAUUUUUUAACAGUCUGACUUAUUGUAACAAUAUACAUAAUAAUACUACACAUAUUAGACUUAGAAUAUAAAAUAUUGUACGAAAUGAAUAUGUUAGAAUAAAAAUAAAAUACAAGUGA